AUGUUCCCUAUCGGCCAAGCCAACUCCGCCAUGUUUCAGCAACCAGAUCCGUAUGCUGGCAGUGCCAACGUACACACCACCUUCGGUCUGCAUGGGUAUGGAGUAUCCCCUUACGACCCGCAACCACUUCCGCAUGACGGCAGAUCCGGCAUCGGCACCAUGUCAAGUCAAGACGGAGUGCAAACCCAACACCCUUUGCAGGCAGGCGACGAUACUGUCGAAUCAGCAUCCACGUUGCACCAAACCUCUCCGGCUUCCGCCUCAAAAGAGGACCUGAUCCAGAACACGCCCCAGCAGACGGCCUAUGCUAGUGGUUCUGGGACUCAACACCACAGCCACUCGCCCAAUAGCCUCAGGCAUUCAGUCCGACCAAAAAGAAUUGGGCGCAAACCACCACGCCAGGAGUGGGACCCCAGCUACCGGCUCGUUCACACUGCUAUUGACGAAGAAGAAGCCGCCAACCGUGCGGCCUUCAAAGCUCAUCAAGAGUAUGAAAGGUUGCAAAUCCGCCUUCGAGACAAGUACAAGGUUUAUGAUCCUACUGUGGACAUGAUGACCUGGCUUGAUAGUAGUAUUGACUUGCCGGGGCGCCGCGGUCAGUACCAUUCGAAGUUCAAGCAAACCACGGACUGGAGACUGUUGCUCAAGGCGAUUGUCGCUGAGAAGGCUGCGGACACAAAGUUCAAGGAGAAACAUGAGGCAGCGGCACAGCUCCAUCGUUAUGCGGUGGAUGACACGGAGGACUUUGAGGAUUGA